AUUUCUUGUUUGUGAGGUCACUCAAAAUUCAAUUUGAACAUCUGCUACGGCGUGCUGCAGUUGUGUGUUGUGAAGAAUAAUAAUUAUUAUUACAAUAAAUUUAGUUGCAUAAGUAAUUCUUGUAAUUAGUAAUUAGUGCAAAAUGGAUGUAGCUGACGCGCAAGUGGGACAACUCCGCGUGAAGGACGAGGUGGGCGUUCGUUGCCAGAAACUGUUCCAGGACUUUUUGGAAGAAUUCAAGGAGGAUGGAGAAUUGAAGUACCUGAAAGCUGUUGCUGAUUUGAUAAAUCCAGAUCGUUCUACCUUGGAAGUAAGUUUCGAGGACGUAGAAAAGUACAACCAGAAUCUAGCAACAACCAUUAUCGAAGAGUACUACCGACUUUUCCCAUUUCUGUGCCAAGCGGUUUCGAACUUUACAAAGGAUCGUACUGAGCUGAAAAAGGAUAAAGAAUGUUACGUAUCUUUUACGGACGUACCAACGCGCCACAAAGUACGAGAAUUGACAACAUCCAAAAUUGGUACUUUGAUUCGAAUUUCCGGGCAGGUUGUACGUACUCAUCCUGUUCACCCGGAACUCAUUUCUGGUACCUUUGUCUGCUUGGACUGUCAAACUGAGAUUCGGGAUGUUGAACAGCAAUUCAAGUUUACUAAUCCGACUAUCUGUCGGAAUCCCGUAUGUGCCAAUCGACGUCGUUUCAUGCUGGAAGUGGACAAAUCCCAGUUUAUCGACUUCCAGAAAGUUCGCAUCCAAGAGACGCAAGCGGAACUCCCGAGAGGAUGUAUUCCACGCUCGGUAGAGGUCAUACUACGUGCGGAAAUUGUCGAAACCGUCCAAGCGGGAGAUCGUUAUGAUUUCACUGGAACAUUGAUCGUUGUUCCCGAUGUUGGUGCAUUGCAAAUGCCAGGAGCUAAAGCCGAGAUCGGGUCUCGUCAUAAGCAGGGAGACAAUGCCGUGGAAGGCAUUCGUGGAUUGAAAGCGCUUGGCGUCCGCGAUCUUAACUACAAGAUGUCCUUCCUGGCAUGCUCGGUACAGGCAACCUCAUCAAGGUUUGGUGGAACGGAUUUGCCGAUGAGUGAAGUGACGGCUGAGGACAUGAAGAAGCACAUGACCGACGCUGAGUGGAACAAGGUAUACGAAAUGUCCCGCGAUCCGAAACUAUAUCAGAACCUUAUUACCAGUCUGUUUCCAUCGGUCUAUGGGAACGAUGAAGUAAAACGAGGAAUUCUUCUAAUGCUGUUUGGAGGCGUUGCAAAGACCACUCAUGAGAAAACUACUCUCCGUGGAGAUAUCAAUUGUUGUAUUGUGGGUGAUCCCAGUACGGCAAAAUCUCAGUUCCUGAAGCAAGUGGCAGAUUUCUCACCCCGAGCGGUCUAUACAUCCGGAAAGGCAUCAUCCGCAGCUGGUCUCACUGCUGCAGUUGUGAAGGACGAGGAAAGCUACGACUUUGUGAUUGAGGCUGGUGCGUUGAUGUUGGCAGAUAAUGGAAUUUGCUGCAUCGACGAAUUUGACAAGAUGGACCCUCACGAUCAAGUUGCCAUCCACGAAGCCAUGGAACAGCAGACCAUUUCAAUUGCCAAGGCUGGCGUGCGAGCCACCCUCAAUGCUAGAACCUCUAUUCUGGCAGCCGCUAAUCCCAUCGGUGGUCGGUACGACCGUUCUAAGUCACUCCAGCAGAACAUUCAGCUCACAGCGCCGAUUAUGUCCCGUUUUGAUUUGUUUUUCAUUUUGGUUGAUGAAUGCAACGAGGUCGUAGAUUACGCGAUCGCUCGAAAGGUUGUUAAUUUGCAUUCACAUAUUGAAGACCUAAUCGAUCAGGUUUACACACGUGAAGACGUUCUCCGUUAUAUCAUGUUUGCACGUCAGUUCAAGCCAAUUAUCACCCAGGAAGCGCUCGAGCUGCUGGUUGAGAAUUACGGUCAUUUGCGGCAGCGUGACACUGGCACAUCUGGCAAGAGCACAUGGCGAAUUACCGUGCGUCAGCUGGAAAGCAUGAUCCGGCUUAGUGAAGCCAUGGCUAAGUUGGAAUGCUGUGAGGAAGUAACAGAGAAACACGUCAAAGAAGCAUAUCGGUUAUUGAACAAAUCCAUUAUUCGCGUUGAGCAACCCGAUAUUCACUUGGACGAUGAGAACGAUGCAGAACUGGCAGCGAUGGCGAUGGAUACUGAAGAAGGCACCCCGCAAUCGGACACUAACGAUCAAAACGGACAUGUCGAAAAUGGUCACGAGAAUGGCGUCAACGAUGUUCAAAAGAAAAAGUUGGUUUUGUCGUUCGAGGAAUAUAAGAAUUUAUCCAACAUGCUGGUGCUGCACAUGCGCACGGAAGAGGCACGAUUCGAAAGCGAAGAAUCACAAUCAGAAGGCGUGAGAAAAUCCGAAUUGAUCAAUUGGUACCUGGAGCAAGUAGCCGAACAAAUUGAGACCGAAGAGGAACUUGUGGAGAGGAAAACUCUGGUCGAGAAAGUCGUAGAUCGAUUAAUGUACAACGACCAAAUUAUUAUUCCACUGAAAACCGUUACAUUAGGAGACAAAGAAUCACAGGAAGAAGACCCUGUUCUUGUUGUUCAUCCUAACUACAUUAUUGAAACGUAAUUGGAAAAUAUCUCGUUUUUAUAGACAGUUCAUAUUAUUGAUAAGUUUGCAGCAUGAUAAUUCAAACAUAAGACUACGUUUUACCUGA